CUUUUUUUAAUUUUUAUUGCAUUCAAAAAAGUAAACAUUUGCGAGCUGGAAUUCUGCCCUCAACAAACAUGGCGCAGGUGUUCCCGCAUCCGCCAUUUUUGAAACGGGCAGCUGGUUGUUUUUUUACUCCCUUGCCCUGCCUUACAUUUCUCAGCUAUGAUUACCCGUCAUAUGAGAAGUGAUCAUAAACGUGUGACCUACAUAGCUGUUUGGGGUUUUUAUGUGAAGUAUUAAUUUAGAUGAGGCAGCUCUCCCUUGGUAAACAUGGCCGCUGCGCCCCUCCUAGGAUUUCCCAGGGCAGCACACAGUCCUGUGGCUCCUGCAGGAAUGAGCUCCCAGUGCAGUGGACCCUGGUAACACUGUCCUUGUGACUGACAGGCACAGUGACAGCUCCCAACUUUGAACUCAAGGACUUUGGACUGGGGUUCCCCUUUUUCUCUCUACAGAUAUGUUGUCUUUCAUUGCAAGAAGCAUGGUGAGUUCAGCUGUGUGCUGGCCAGGGGACUCUGUUGGGUGUGAUCAUAUUUGACAACUUUUGGGGUUCACUUGUAUACUUUAUUAUGGGGGUUCACUUGUAUACAUAUGAUGUUUUUUUUCUCCAAUAUAUGAAUGCAUGACCAUGCAAUGUACAUGGGGGGAUUCCUGGAUUGCUGUCCUAGAGCCCUAGUUACUCCUGUAUUUUUCUUAGGGGACCUUGGGACACAACAGGUGCUAUUUUGGGAUAAAGUGCUAAAUAUGGAGUUGUCUCCAUGGAAACACUUAUAGAAUGUCUCAACUUUGUGUCUGAGAAUAGCACUUAUUUUACCUUUUUAAAUAUACCGGUAGCUUACAAUAUGCAACUAUGUUUGAAUAUUAUUUAUUUAGAAUGUUGUAUGCUAUGGAACAUGUUAGCAUUUUAUAUGUGUUUUACGCUGCGGGCGUGACUGGUUUUAGAUCGAUAACACAUUUUUAGCGUAUUUUGUACGUGUGAGGUAUAGCAUUCUUCAAUAGUUCUGAUCUGGUAGAUUGCACGCUCAUUCUGUUAUUUUUAACCCAUGUGUAUAUCUGUCACGAUAAAGGAUUUUGAUGCAAAUUUAGGAAACCUGGGGUACAUUCACUAAACGAUGAACUGCAACGAGUCGAUAACCGACUGGCAAAGUCAUGUCUGAAACCAUCGAAUUCAAAAAAAAUUCUAAUUCCAAAAUUAGGACUAAAUUUGCCAAUCUGUUGUGGAUUUUUUUUUCUAGACUUUAACCUCCAUUUGGAUUGUAGUUAGCCACAAUUUGUUGUUUAGUAAAUAAAUCCCACAUAUGAAUGUUUUUUUUUUUCCCCUCAGCUUGGCAUUUUUGGUCUAAAUUUCACAAGUCGAUGUUGCUGCUCUAUGAAUAGACCCUUCUGAUGCUGGCAUAUGUGAUACUUUUGUGUCGUAGUCACAUUUUUUCAGUUUCUUGAGGAACUAAUUUUAGGGGGAAAAACCAAAACAAUAAAAAUGCUUUUUUUUUUUUUUUUGUUUCACAAAAAGUAAAAAAAAAUAAGCUGGCUUAUUAAACAGUGAAUUGUGUGAUCUGUCAGCAUUUAUGGGGGCAAUGUCACUUUUGGGAUCUUUGCUAUUUUUUUGCAAACUACCAAGGUGAAUUGCUCCAUUAUAAGGUAAUGUUCAAAGUGUAGAUCUACUUACCUUAGCCUCUCUUUUCUUGGCACUACCAUCUUGUUUGUCGUGAUCAUCAUCUGCCACUCUCUUACAUGUGAAGAAUACAAAAUAGCGGUCUACAGAAGAUCCCACAAAACCACAGGAUCUUCCAUAUGUGAGCAUUCACAAAAAAAUGACUUUUUUCGUGAGCGAUGGAAGGUCUGCCUCCAGCCACAUCUCCCAAGACAUCAACCUACAUGAGUAAAAUUAGUCCCAACUACGUACCAUAUAUAUCUUGAUUGGAGUUACUUUGGGGGUGCGCAGAGGAUUGGGGUGUGACAAAGUAUUACUGGGAGUAUUGGUCAUUUAGGGGUUAAAUUAAGUAUUUAAAGGGACACUAUAGUAACCAGAAAAACUACAGCUUAAAGUAGUUGUACUGGUGAGUAUAAUCAUUGCCUUUAGACCUUUUCAUGCAAACACUGUUUACAUUGCCCCCUAGGGACACCUCCAAGUGGCCACUCCUUAGAUGGCCACUGGAGGUGCUUCCUGGGGCAGUGCUGCACAGUAGGCAGCACUGCCGUUCAGCGUCUCCACGCUCUGCUUGUAGACGCUGAAAUGUUCUCAUAGAGAUGCAUUGACUCAAUGCAUCAAUAUGAGGAGGUGCUAAUUGGCCAAAACGGUGUUUGGCCCCACCCCCAUACUACUGAUUUUUGCCAAUCGAAAGCAUUGGAUUGGCUAAAAAUCAGAAAUUCUGAUUAUGUCACCGAGGAAGGGGAUCAAGGCAGGGCCAACGUCGGCGGACCCUCACAGUGCUGGAAAUAAGGUGAGUUUUAACAUUUUCUAAGGGGGGAAUCCCACCUAAAUGUUGGAUUAAACACUAUAAGGUCAGGAAUACAUGUUUGUGUUCAGGACCCUAUAAUGUUCCUUUAAGUGUGCAGCACUGCCAUUCAGUGUCUCCACCUUCUGCAUGGAGACACUGAACUUUCCUCAUAGAGAUGCUUUGAUUCAAUAUAUCUCUAUGAGGAGAUGCUGAUUGGCCAGGGCUGUGUCUGGCUUGUGCUGGCUCUGCCCCUGAUCUGCCUCCUUGACAGUCUCAGUCAAUCCUAUGGUGAAGCAUUGUGAUUGGCUCAGACCACUACUUCUGAUUAUGUCAACUAAGCAGGCAGAUCAGGGGCAAAGGCAGCAGCUGCAGGCUUGAAUACAAGUAAGAUUUUACUAUAUGUAGGAAGGCACAGGUGGGCCAGGGUAGACUAGAUGGUGGUUUUAAUACUAUAGGGGUAGAAAUACAUGUUUGUGGUCCUGACCCUAUAGUGUUCCUCUUAAAUAAGUUUGAGAUCAGGCACUGUGAAUCCCAGAUAAGUACUUUACUUAUAUUACAGCUCUGUUCCUGCUGAACCUUAGCAUUGUGACAACUAGCAGAUAGCGAUUCCAGUGUAUUGUGUUACAAGCAUACCCAGCUUGUGAUUUAUUUUUUUCAUACCCUUGAGCUACGAUCUUUGGAACAGUUGUCCAGACAGGAUUAAAACAGCAGAUUGGACAAGACGAGGAUACAGUUAGAUAAUAAAACAACAUCUAGAGAACACUGUCUACUACAAAUAACUGAUAAAUGCUCAGUCCUGAUUAUUAUGUACAAGAACACUGUGUACCGCAACUCUGGACAAUUGGCAAAUUAAAUAUACACAAUCAGAUAAGACUGAGAGGAGCAACAUUUAGGGGAUAGUAGGGGCCUACUCCGACAUGUAUCGAUCAACUCUCUGAGAUAUACUCAUUCAAGGUCGUCACAUUUCAGGUUUUUAUUUUUUAUUUUUUUUUAUUGAUAUGUGUUGGAACUUUUCAAAUGUGCUAACUUCAGGAUUUUCCAAAAUCUUGACCUGUGUCAAAAAAUGAAAAAAUGUGAGAACAGGAUGAGCAUUAAAGGGACACUAUAGUCAUCAGAACAACUACAGUUUAAUGUACCGUAUAUACGCGUGUAUAAGUCGAUCUCAUGUAUAAGUCGAGUGCAGUUUUGUGACCAACAAUAGUGAAAUAUGCUAUGCCUCGUGGAUAGGUCGAGGGUAAAACUUGGGGCUAUGAAAUUCUGUGAUUUUUACAAUUAUAUACACACACACUCAUACAAACACACACUCUGCAUUAAACACACACACUUAUACAAACACACACUCUGCAUUAUAUAUAUACACACACACACUCAUACAAACACACACUCUGCAUUAUACACACACACUCAUACAAACACACACUCUGCAUUAUAUACACACACACACUCAUACAAACACACACUCUGCAUUAUAUACACACACUCUGUGUAUAUAAUGCAGAGUGUGUGUGUGUGUGUAGUGUGUGUGAACUGGGUGGGGGGAGGGCAUUUUUAUUAUUUUAAUUUUUUUUUUUUUAAUAUUAUUAUUUUUUUAUUAUUUUAAUUUUUUUUGUCCCCCCUCCCUGCUUGUUAACUGGUCAGGGAGGGGGGCUAUCUUAAUCCCUGGUGGUCCAGUGGCAUGGGCUGUGAAGUGGGGGGGCCGGCAGGAAGCAUUUACUUACCUUUCCUGCAGCUCCUGUCAGCUCCCUUCUCCUCCGUUCCGGUCAGCUCCACUGUAAGUCUCGCGGUCUGGUUGCCGCGCGGAUCGUUGCCAUGGCUCUGACGGCCGCGGCUCUCUAAGUUGCCAUAAUACAGACAGUGACUCGAGUAUAAGUCGAGUGGGGGUUUUUAAGCACAAAAAAUGUGCUGAAAAACUAGACUUAUACUCGAGUAUAUACUGUAGUUGUUUUUGUGUGUUUACAUUACAGCCUAGGGACACCUCCAGUGGCCACUCCUCAGUUGGCUACUACAGGUGCUUCCUGGGGCAAUGCUGUUUUUAACACUAUAGCGUCAGGAAUACCUGUUUGUGUUCCUGACCCUAUAGUGUUCCUUUAAGGAGCUUCUACUUGCUUAGGGUGCCAUUUCUUGAUGGAGCAUGGGAAGAAGACAUCUUAUCUAAUGUUCAUUUUAUGCCUAUGGCACCUCCUCAUUGUACUUAUGUGAGAAGAUACUAAUACGCCCGCACAGGAUCUGUCAUAGACGUAAGACCUGGUAGUCUUAUCUGUCAAAAAAAAAAAAAGAUGGAGCACAACUACAACAUGGUGGUGCUAAAGUAGGGGACAAGUCUCUGUGGGGAGGGGGGUAUUGCAAUAUAGUUCUUCUCCAUUUCUUCAUUAGAGUAGUAUUCAAACUGGAGGUAUUCCUUAAUGUCAUAUUGAACAAAAUAGCAUAUUAAUACUGGAGUGUGGAUUAUACCGACAAAGAAAAAAAUUCAAUACGCUUUUUUUUGCGCAUUUUCAAAGACGCUUCUGAAUGUACAUUUUACACUGAAAUUUUUUUUUAGGCAAUUUGUUGAAAUAUAUGAUAACUUGAUGGGAUAGCUGCAAGUUUAGUUUACGUUUUCCGUAAUAUUCACUUAUGUGAACUUGGAUGUAUUUUUUGAGUAAACGUAUCAGCAGGUUUCUUUGGCACAUAUAAGCUUGAGUUGAAUUUAAAGUCUGCUGAGUUUAUCUUUACUGAGAUCCUAAUGUUGAGGUUUUUUUUCCCGGUACCUGCGUUAUCUGCCUCGCCUUUGAAGACAAUGAAGCUGAACUUGGCAAACUAUUACAUUACUUCAGCCAUGCUUGGGCUGACUGCUCCCUCACUGCAGCCUUUUAUGUACUUUGUGUAACUAAGGAACUGUACCUUUUUAAUGUUUAAUAAAUAGACUGUUUUGUGUUUUAUAAUCAUUUAUGUGCAUAUAGUUAAACUGUUUUUCAAUUGCUUUUUUUGUGUGUUUGUUUUGUUUUCAGUGAUACCUGUUUUAAAGUUCUUUGGAUUAGGUGGCUUGUAGUAUAAAGAUAUAGAGGCCAAGGUCUACUUCAGGUCCCGUAUAAAAUGUAGCAGCCUGUUCAUUACAGUGUUAAUUUUGUCGACUAACAAUUUGUCAGGAUUACUGUAUGAUCCAGCACGUAGAAUUGUGUAACACAGGUGACUGAUAGGUAACGUAUUACCGGGCCUUAGAAUGGCCGGAGUAACGUACCAAAGAAUAGUCGGAAUAGCCGAGGUCAGGGGACACAGAAAGGGACACAAUGAUAAGGCAAAGCCAGAGGUCGGGGAUGCCAGGAAACAGGAAAGUCAAAUAACCAGAAUCCGCCAGAAUCAAUAACGUGCUCUCGGACAACCACUAGGGAAACCACGACAGGGCAAUGAGUGUCCGGUAUAAUGAGGUUUAAAUACCUGUUCAAAUCUUCUGAUUGACCGAAAUCGGUCUUUGACCCCAAAACGUGUGCGUGCCGACGUCGUCAAUCACGUGAGCGGACGUGGGGGUAUAUUUUGCCGUGGAUCCGCAGCGGCCGGCAUCCGUUAACAUUCCGCAAGUGUCAUGGAGACGCACGCCGCUGGGUGCAGAGACCGCAAGGUGAGGAAGAAUAUGUUACAUAAUUUUAGUCAAAUAAUAUUUUUGAGAUUUAGUCAACUAAAACUAAAAGUAAAACCAUUCACAUUAUUAAAAUGGCUUUUUAGUCAAAAGACUAUGACUAAAACUAAAUUGAAAUUUGCUGUCAAAAUUAACACUGGUUCCUUAAAGGGGCAGUUCUGCAAAUCUUUGGGCAUAUUUUUUCAUUCAGAUGAGACUAAAUUGGUGAAUUUGCUUUCCCAAUUUGGCCGAACAUGCAGGGUUAUCCACUAUAAAAUGAGAGUAGUGCAUAAUAGUUGAAUUGGUAAGAUUCUCUAAGUCCGCUGCAAGCUUAGCUUAAAAUGUAAAAUUCUUUUUAAUUCACUUUGAAUUCACAAUUUCGUGAAUAAUCCUGCAAAUCUCGAUUUAUACGUGUAACUAAAUAUUCCAGUUAUUGUCAAUUUUUUUAUUGAACUAGCUACAUUUAAAAUAUUCUCCAACUCUGGCUGUUUUUCCAGGUUAGGUUUUUUUUUCUUGCCUAAAAUGUAUUCUCUGAUCAAUGCCUGGUUAGAGAAUAGUCUCAAAAGUGUACAAUUAGACAUGUCCCCUGCAUUAUAACUUUUUUACAUAAAUAAAUUGGGUAUAGUUGUAAUUGUGGUUUUUGUUUAAUGUAUGUAUUUUUAACAAAAGUAAACUUAUCUUAAACCUUACGCUAAGGGGCCAAGUUCUGCCUGCAGCUUAGUAGUCCUUCUGUGAUGUCAAUCCUGUCAAUUUCAUGGGGGUAUGUCAAGGGACAGGGUUGAAAAAGGAUAGGGAGGCGGGUGGGUUCAGCCUUUUUAGCUACUUGGCAACAUAUUCGGAAGCCAGAAAGCACUGGAGCACGAACUUAAAAAUUAAACCAUUGCCACACCGUUUCUACAGGAAGCAUACAGUGUCUUAAUGCUGAGCAUGCAGACACUGAACGUCCGUCCUGAAAUCUUUGCAGAACCGUUUCAGGAAGUGUCUGAGUGAUAGCCACUAGAGGUGGUGUUAAGUGGCAAAAAAACCCACUUCUUUUUCUCAGCCUUGAAGCGGCUGUCUCUUUAUAUUAAGUUGUAGUGGUUCUGGUACUUAGAGUAUACAUUAAAGUUUUUGACGAGGGAGGAGGGGUGUUCCUUUGAUUUAAAGUUUUUACUUAUUUAGUAACAGUUCAUUUUCAGUUGUGUUGUACUCUAAAACGUAGAAGCAUUUUAAUUUAUUGGUUACAUAACAUAAAUCUUUUAUACAAGUUUGUUGAAAGACUCACAUUUUAUGUACUUUAUCGUUCCAUAUUGUCACAGCCCCCGGCUCGCCGCCAUGUGCGUCCGUGCACGACCGCACCAACUCACUGAGCUUACCUGCCCAGCGGCGAACUGGGAACCGCUCCUCCAUGCUGCUCUGGGAAAUCCAAGAUGGCGCCGACCAUGAGGUCGCGUCCAUCCAUGGCUCCACCCCCUAAAAUUAUACAACGUGCGUGUGAAGACACGACGUCAACGCACGGGCACGUUCUGGGGUCAGAGGUCACCCUCUGACCAAGCAGAGCCUAGAGAGGGAUAUUUAAAUCCCUAAUACACUCCAGUUCCUUGCCCUGUCGUGGUUUCCUGUUCCUGGUUCCCUAGAGUGCGUUUAUCUUUGUGAAUAUUACUUCCUGGUAUCCUGAUCUUGGCUUUUCCCUGGUUAUUCCGAAUACUGGUUCCCCUGACUUGGCUUGUUUAAACGGUAUCUGAGUAUUUCUGGCUUCGUUGACCUCGGCUUUCCCUUUGACCAUUCUCUAUCUCUAGCGUAUUAGUCCUGCCAUUCUAAGGUCCGGUUUACGCUCUGUCCUUUUAUUUUCCUUUCCUUUUUUAUGUAUAUGUUUACAUAGUUUCUGCGUGUUGGACCACACUAGCAGCUGUGACACAUAUCCCUGCUCCCUUUCUCCUCAAACCUGGAAAGACUUGUCUUUACCUGUAUGUCUCGCUUCUUCAAUUUCAACUCUCUCCUUGACCCUCUUCAAACUGACUUCCGCCGUUUCCACUCUACUGAGACUGCUCUUAUCAAAGUUACUAACAACCUAAUCGCAGCUAAAUCAAAAGGCCACUAUUCCAUACUAAUUCUUCCUGACUUCUCUGCUGCCUUUGACACCGUCGAUUUAUGCUCUCCUUCUUCAAACUCUUCCAUCACUCAGUCUCUGUGACUCUGUCCUCUCGUGGUCCCAACGCUUAUUCAGUGUCUCCUUUUCUAAUGAUACCUCUUCCCCCUGUCCUGUCUCCGUUGGAGUCCCCCAAGGCUCUGUCCUUGGUCCCCUUCUAUUUUCUCUUUAUACUGCAUCUCUUGGCAAACUUUUGGAUUCCACUACCACCUGUACACUAAUGACACCCAGAUAUAUCUCUCCUCCCCGGACCACUCCCCUGCCUUCCUGCAACGUGUCACUGCUUGCCUUUCUUCCAUCUCUGACUGGAUGUCCUCCCGCUUUCUGAAACUCAAACUCUAAACCUGAGCUCUUUGUCUUUCCUCCUUCUAAUACUGAUCCUCCUCUUUCACUCACCCUUCAAAUUAGUGGUAUCCACAUAAGUCCAUUAGUGGUAUCCACAUAAGUCCAUCCUUGCAAGCGCGCUGUCUUGGUGUCAUACUUGAUUCCGGCCUCACCUUUGAGCCUCACAUAAAGUAUGUUGCCAAAUCCUGUAGGUUCCAUCUUAAAAACAUAGCCCGCAUCCGCACCUUUCUUACGCAAGACGCUACCAAGGAGCUUGUCCAUGCUCUAGUAAUUUCCUGCAUGGAUUAUUGUAACCCUCUCCUAAUUGGUCUUCUCAAAAGCCGUAUUGCCACGCUACAAUCUGUAAUGAAUGCUGCUGCCAGACAGAUUUUCCUCUCUAGUCGGUCAUCUCACACCUCUGUCAGUCCUUACAUUGGCUUCCUGUAUCCUAUAGGAGUCAAUUCCGUGCUAACCCAUACCUAUAAAGCUCUGCCCAUGACCUUCUGCUAUCCGCUACUCGCACCCGUACAGCCAACUCACGCUUGCAGGACUUCUCACAGGCGGCUCCCUUCCUAUGGAAUAGCCUGCCUACCGCCAUCAGACUCUCCCCUUGUCUUCAAUCGUUUAAGAAGUGCCUUAAAACCCAUCUCUUUAGGAAAGCUGAUGGACUCCCAGAGUAACCUCUACCUCACAUACCUGUCUCUUGCUCUCUCUUAAAAGGCAGCACUUUACUCUCUCCGCCAGCUCUGCUUUACUCCCACAUUAUUUGAUUGCUAUUUCCUGUCCUAAUGUGUUUUAUACCCCACUUUCUAUAGACUGUAAGCUCGUUUGAGCAGGGUCAUCUUCAACCUAUCGUUCCUGUAAAUUUUCUUGUAAUUGCCCUAUUUAUAGCUAAAUCCCUCCUCUCAUGAUAUUUUAAAGUGCUACGGAAUCUGUUGGCGCUAUAAUAAUAAUAAUUUAUAAAUUAAGACCGUAUUGGAUUGUGUAUUUUGUGAGUGCAUUUGUUGAUAUUAGGGAUCCAUGUGAUUUUUUUGAGAUUUGAACAUUUACAUGCAUUAUAAGUCUUGUUAAUUUAGAGAAAUUUGAACAAUGAGUUAUCUUGAAAUCAACACAUUGGUAAAAUAAGAAUGAGGGGCAGAUAGUUAAAGGGACACUAUAGUCACCAGAACUACUACAGCUUAUUGUAUUUGUUCUGGUGAGUGAAAUCAUUUCCUUCAGGCUUUUUGCUGUAAAUUUUGUCUUUUCAGAGAAAAUGCAGUGUUUACAUUACAGCCUAGUGAUAACUCCACCGGCCACUCCUCAGAUGGCUGCUAGAGGUGCUUCCUGGGGAAGUGCUGCACACUGUGCAGUACUGCCAUUCAGUCUAUCCAGCCUCUGCAUGGAUUUGCUGAACUUUCCUCAUAGAGAUGCAUUGAUUCAAUGUAUCUCUAUGAGGAGAUGCUGAUUGGCCAGGGCUGUGUUUGACUUGUGCUGGCUCUGCCCCUGAUCUGCCUCCUUGACAUUCUCAGCCGAUCCUAUGAGAAAGCAUUUUGAUUGGCUCAGAGAAUCACUUCUGAUGAUGUUAGCCAAGCAGGCAGAUCAGGGGCAGAGGCAGCAGCUGCAGACUUAAAUACAGGUAAGAUUGUACUAUAUUUAGGGAGGCCAGGGGGGCUAGAUGGUGGUUUUAACAUUACAGGGUCAGGAAUACAUGUUUGUGUUCCAGACCCUAUAGUGCUCCUUUAACAUCUAAUGUACUGCAGUAGGUUUAAGUACUUAAAAGGUCUGGAGUUCUGCUAUGACAAUCAACACUUGUCAUAGCAGAAGCUUGAAUCAAUGCUUUCCUAUGGAGACUUUUGCAUCAUGUGACCGAGUUUUACUCCGCCAGUGCAACAGAAGCGCCUCUAGUGGCUACUGGUCAGUAUGACAGUCCUAGAUGUGGACUCAACCCGGCAAUGUAAGCAACCAAUCGGAUGCUUUUUUUUUUACGAGCGUUGUGACCCUGAACAUGAAGUCUUUCAGUUAUUGAAAGUCUUCGAGGAAGUGCCACAAGAGGCUGUGUGUCUGUGACAAAUGUAAACAUUUUCUCACCUUUUCUAACAAACAGCAAUGCUUACAUGUGUUAGACAGCAGGGACAGCAUCUAUCCACCACAACCACUGCAUUAACAGGGUUAAUCACUAAGGUAAAAGGGAAUUUCAAAUUCAUGGCCAAAGUAGCCAAACUGGAAGCAUAGCUAACUUAGAAAAUGUUUCCAGUCUGGCUAUUUUUACUUUGAAUUAUAAAUUCACUUUGAUUUCUCACUUUAGUGAAUAACUGUAAGAUGUAGUGGUUUUGGUCCUUACAGUGUCCCUUUAAAUGAGAGGGGCUUUAGCUGGAACUGGUUGCAUUUGUUUAUUUUUCAUACUCUAUUUAUUGUGUGCAGUUUAUUCUUCUAGCACCUACGUUUUAAAUUUUAUUUAUUUUAUUAUUUAAAUUUUACACCCGGUGAGCUUGUAAAUGCAUGUUUUAGCAGUCGUUAUUGAAUGCUUUCUUUUAAUUGUGUUCAUUUGUGUGCAUAGGGCUUUAUAUUUUAGUUUUUCAAUGCUGUUUGUUUUUAUUUUUCUAUGUAUUACAAUUUUAAUUUAAUUUUUUUUUUCUUCUUCUUCCACAUAGAUUACUAAUUACUAUGUACCAAGUUGUUUAGUUAAGGGCAGAACGCGCAAUCAGUUCUUAAAAUAAGAGUCAGUUUUGUCUUUUAAACAGACAUUUACUGGAUUUAAAGGCUUCACAUCCGUCGAGCGUUGCUGUAAACAUCAUUUUGUUAACUUGCUUUACAGGCCAAACCAGUGCGAUUGGUAAAGCCCGUUUCAUCUGUGAAACUGCCAGGUAGGUACUUGGCACAUCAGGAGGGACUACCUCGACUGCCCGUGCCACCGCUUCAGCAGACACUAGAGAAAUACCUGCUAGCUUUGCAGCCCCUCAUCAGCCAGGAGGAAUGGGGCCACACCAAACAAGUGGUCGAAGAUUUCAGGACAUCUGGGGUUGGUGAACGGCUACAGAAACGCCUGGAGAAAAGAUCAACAAAGACUGAAAAUUGGGUAACGUCAAGUAUACCGUGCAUGUAAAAUGUCUUAGAGGAACACCAUACUUAAACAUGUAUUCCUGACCCUAUAGUGCUAAAAACACUAUCUAACCCCCUGGUCACCCUAAUUAUAGCAAAAUAUUACGUUUUAUUCAGGCUGCAGAUGCUGGCUCUGCUCUGCUCCUGAUCUGCCUCUUUGGCUGACAUCAUCAGAAGUGAUGAUCUCAUCCAAUCAUAAUGCAUUCCCAUAGGAAAGCAUUUGAUUGGCUGAGAUGGUCAAUUCUGAUGAUCUCAGCCAAAGAGGCGGGGCAGGAGUGGAGCCAAACGCCACAGUGGCCAAUCAGCAUCUCCUCACAGGAAUGCAUUAAAUCAAUAUUCAAUAAAGAGGCAGUCUAGGCUAGAGGUGGCCCAAUGGUUUUGUACUUUAAAAUUAGCUCAUUACCUUAUGCAAGGAGUAAGAUAAAAUAUAGAUAUAAAUAUUGGAAGUUCUCGCUUUUCUGACAAUCAUUUCAAGCAGCUUCUGCUUCCGCUGUUGUACAGAAUUGCCUAAUUUAAGUAUUUGUUAAUGAAAAUAUAUAAACCUGUACUCAGGUUCCUCAUACAAAGCCAGCAGCAAGCCAAUCAGAAGAGGUGGGGGACAAAUAUGGCGUGCACAUGCCGUACAAGUACUUCUACAUGCUGAAAGAAUCUUGCCUUACAAUUGGGGUGUCAUUAAACAGGGGGGGCUUGUAGCUGCAACAAUUUUCACUAACUGCUAAAUUUAUAAGUAGUAACGCAGGGGUCUCUUUGCACCAUACCCAUCUUUAAGAGCACAGAUUGUUCCAGAUGGUUAUUUUGAAAUGAACCUGUCAACCACAAAGCAUGCGAGUUACAAGUUCACCUCCAGAUGGGUUAAAUAAAAAAUUGUACUAUUUGGCACGACAGUUGCACUUUAAGUUUUUUAAACUCUAAAAGAAAUGAACCGUUUCUUUGAAUUAUUUGUUUAAUUUACCUUUGCCCAUUAUCAGCAAUAAUGCUUAUUGCUUACUAUAAAUUUUUAGGCAAAUGUACACUUUUCUUCACUACAUUAAUGACUGAGUUUCGGUACAAAUUUUAUAUUUUAUUGCAAAAUUAUUUUGAAAAUACAAAUUCUACCAGAUAUUUGAUGGGGCUGAAAAUCGUCAACAUAAUUAAUUGCUGAUAUAUAUUUUAUUCCCUGUGGCAGAGUAAGUGGGUGGUAAAUAGAAUAAUUGAUUAAUACGUUUUUUUGCAGCAGACAAACAGAAGUCUAAAAAAUGUAUUUGACUGAGCCUUAUGUUUGGCUUAAUACAUGAUUUGGUUGCCUUGUAAACAAGGAUGUAUCUGGUUACUCUUCCAAAAACUCUAGCGUGGAAUGUUGGCUACCUUUGCACUGCAGUUGUUUGUGGACUACCUUUCCCAUGAUGCAAAGCACUCUCUGCUGUAUAUAGUUUAGCCAUUAAAUUAAGAAAUCUUCAAUACUGCGUUUAUCUCCUGACACUGAUUGCGUCCAUUUUAACUACAUGUCAGUCAUUUUUAUAAGCUCUGUCCUUCUUUGUCAUUGAACAGAGUAAGUGGAGAAAGUGAAAGAACCCGGAAGAAUUGCCAGGAAUUCUAAGUAAAUGCAAAGAGAAUUCCAUGUUUAAGAUCAACAUAACUGAACUGCAAGAUGAUCUGACUUAGAGAUUUUUUUCAGUUGCGCUAUUUUGGCUUUAAAGAACCACUAAAGUCACACAAACUCCUCUCAAUAAAGUGGUCUGGGUGCAGUGAUCCUGCCUUUUUAACCUUUCAAUAUAAAACAUUGCCGUCUUGUAGAACCAGCAAUGUUUCCGUUUGACAUUUGGCUGCACAUGCAUGUCUCCAAUCCAUUGCUGCUCCAUGAGAAGCAUUGGAUUGGACGAUAUCUUCGGAGGUGGAGCAGACCGCUGCAGCGGAGGAGUCUCAACACUGUAAAUUAGGUUUGUAAUCUCUAUUUAACUUGAAUAGAUAGAAACCUAUAGUCCCCAAAAAAUCAAUCAGUAUUUUCGGGACUAUAGGUUCCCUGCAAAGGGACACUCCACUGCCCAAGUACAUUUUUUUUUUUUUUUUUUUUUUAAAUAAUCGCUAUGGAGCAGAUAUGACUAAAAUGAAAAUAUCGAUUUAUUUAAUUAUGCAUUUUUUUUAAAUUGGAGUAUCUAAAAACAGCUUGCAAAAGCUGCAGAUCUCUUGUCUGCAACCUUUGCAAGCCCUGCCCUUCUAACCCCACUCAGAAUUUCUGUGUCUGUCCACAGACUUCCCAAAUGCAGCUCAAUGAGAAGUCUUUAAUAUAUAUAUAUAUAUAUAUAUAUAUAUAUAUAUAUAUAUAUAUAUAUAUAUAUAUAUAAAAAAAUAACUCUGAGCAUUACAUGAAAAAAAGUUAGCAAAAGUUAUAGGUGUGUUUCAAUGUUUUAAUCAGUCGUGUAUUUUCUAGAGUAGUGAUGGUUCCUCUUUAUUGUUACUGGAUACAUUUUGUAAUACAUUGUUGUUAUUUUCAGCUCUCUGAUUGGUGGCUAAAGACGGCCUAUUUGGAAUAUCGACUGCCAGUCGUGAUUCAUUCUAGUCCCGGAGUAGUUUUACCAAAGCAAGACUUUGUGGACCGCCAAGGCCAGCUCAGGUAAAUAGCCUACUAGUCAUACGUUUGGACUUUGCACUAACCUUUGUCUGCUCUGUUUAUUGGAGGUAGUGGAGUUUUAAUGCAACUGAAUUGCUGUUGACCUUUACUCAGCAUAACCUUUCCCAUACUUACUCCAGUGCUUGGUCAGCUGCAGUGUAUGUGAUCUCAAAAUAUUUUCCAGUUACAGCUCCCAAGCUGAGUUUUGAAACCCAGCCUCAGUCACACCAGCUACCGAGUCCUGAAAAUUACAGAUCGGUCACUGCUGUUAAUCUUUGUGAUAAAAAAAAAAAAAGUUCAACUUUUGUUUCUUUGUUUUUCUGAUUUUUCUUUUUACUUUUUUAACAUAUAUUUGUUUUUCUUUUAUUUUUGUGCAAUUAAGUGUUUCUUGUUACUUAAAUGAUUUGAUGGGAAAUUGUACUGUCCUUUUUAAAUCCUUCACAAAAAUAUAAACUGGGUUAUUCACUAAAGUGUGAAUGGAUGCAAUUUCAAAGUGUAGUCAACAACAGCCAAAUUAGAAAAGUUCUCCGUCCGCUAUGUUUUUAGUUCUGCUAUUUUAAACUAAAAUUUUAAAUUCACUUUGAAUUCCCUACAACUGACAGUUUAGUAAAUAACCCUGGAUGAGCCCAACUUAUUCAGCAAAAGAUGGAGUGUACUAAAACUAGGGUUCACAAGCCAUGGAAGAAGGUUGAGGCUUUUUUGGUAGGUAGACCAUGUUGCUCUGGUUGGCAACUUCCUGGGUUGGAAAAACUGUUCCCCAUUUAUAGCUGCAACACUUUGAGUGUCACAUUCCUUAGCAGCAGGACUUGAACGUUCCACGUUCCCAUCUCCAUCAACCCUUGUUAAACAACCCUGGUUUUACUCCUGGCCUGGAGGCAAGGGCUUUCACAUGACUAUUAGGAACCACAAAUAAACAGGUGCAGCACCUCUUUGAUGGGGGUAACCUAAAAUCGCUUCCAUGGGGGCCCUGGCAUUAUUUCUGGGUUGCCCAAACCCAUAUGUAUAUUUUUCCCAAACAAUCCCGUAUUCCACCGUGCAUGGACCAAACAGAACUUGUGUGGUCCUUCUCUUUAAUUGACUCAGAACACCGACCAAUUUGAGUGCCUUCCCUGGGUGGCCGCCAUUCGUAUAACCGAAUGCACGUGGUCCAUUUUGUCUCCCGAACACGGGCAACGGUACAUGGUACUUACACGUGCUCCAGAUCCCCGGCAAAGACGGUACUGUUCGUCGGUGUUCGUAAAGAGCUUCUCCUGAAUAGUGAUCCUGUUUCACCGAACCAAUUUGAGCGCUUGUUGAACGGAUAUGUUGGACUUUCAGACACCGGCUAUUAGGGGAUAUAAGAAUUGUGGGGUUCCUGUAAUAUUUUAUUAUUUUUGGGGGGUGAUUUGUGAUAGUUUGUAUUAUUCCCUGUAACUGAGAGAUAAUUGAUUGAGUCAUCAUGUUUCUCAGCUCAAUUAUCUGUCAGACCCAGAGACUCUUGCUAAAAAUCUCUGUAAAAUUGCAUUAGAGACCCCAUACUAUGCAGUUGUGCAUAAAAAGCCGUGUGUGGCCCAAUAAAAAUCAGUUGACUCCCAGAAAUGUGUGUCGUCCCGUUACUGGGGGAAUGGGCUAGAAGCACUGAACAGCGUUUUCUUCCAGCUCCAGAGGAGAUAUCCAGUCUUAGGAUUGCAGCUCCGCUACAGCGUAAUUCCCUAAUAGAGCCUCACAAACUGACAUUCAUGGAGCGCUCUCGAUAUAGACAACAGACCGCCUUUGUAGAGGUUGUCCUCACCUGGUCUUACUUCUUUUGAGACCAUGUUUGAUGAUCCUGAGCCAUUGGGACAUGGGGAUACAAUUCUAAAUGCAAUGCUUCAACAGCAGGCAAGGGUUCCUACUCCUACUCCUUUUCAGGAGAUAGGAGGAGGCUUUGGGGAUAACACUUAUCACUAGUCAAUGGCAGAAAAUUUGCAACCUCACCCUACACUGUGCCAUCGCUAGCCAGUAUCAGAAAUCAAAUUAUAAGAUUAUAUGUUUGAGAUGCAGAAAUGUGGAAGGUACCUUCCGGAAUAUCUCGUGGGACUGUUCCUUGAUCCGUAUGUUCUGGGAACAGAUCCAUAAACUCCUAAAGAGGUUCUCAGAUGGUCCUCCACCCUUCCAACCCAGCCCCAGCCUCCCACACCACACCACGGUCAACACCCAUGUCUACAAAAUAUUGAUGACCAUAUGAAUCCUAAAUGUUGCAAAAUGUCUGAUCCCACUUUAAUGGAGGCAAACCAUCACACCACCUCCUAUCUGGUACAGAUGUAUGAAAGAAUUACGCUCCAUGGAGUAACUGAUAUUCAAUUCGGAGGGGUGCAAUCAGAUUUACUUAGCCCUCUGACUAGUAGUUCUAGUAGGUUUUGCGUGAUUAAAAGGCAUGUAUAUACAUUCCUUAAAAGAUAAGAUUUAUUCCCAUAGCAGUGAGUUCAGAAGCAAAAUGAAAUUUAUUUAUUUUUAAUUAUAAUGUCAUGUAAAGUGAUAUCAUUAAAUAUUCCCCUUAUAAUUUGUUUGUAGUUUGGAAUGUUAUUUAUUUUUAUUUUUUUUAUUUUUUUUUAUUAUGGUACUUCCACUUGACUCAAAACCUUGCAGCAUCUUGCAAAACGUCCUUCCCACUCCAGACUGUUCACAUGUGGUUCGACACAUUCACCGACAGGUCAUUGACCCCAGGUAGCCUUAAAGCCACACUGCAAUAGGAAAUGGCACAGAUUGCUUUGAACUAUGACCUACAUUGCUGCUCACAUGAGCCAUUUGCACAAUACAACUUCCACAAUUCCAAAAAUACAGUGUGAAAACUAAACAGUUAAAGUGAUAGUGCUUUGAUGUAUAUACCGUGUUAUGGAUAGAAAUUAAUGUAGGUAAAAUGUCUAUUUACUGUGUAUACCUGUGCUCAAUUAUUUACUCAAAACGGCUGCUAGAGCACCCCCUCCCAUCGUCUAAGACCCUCGUGUAGCAAGAUGGCAUCUCCAUCCAGAGCUACACACAAAGACAAUGAUGACAACACACCUUGGAGGAAGUACAUCAGAUAAGACACUUACCAAUUAAAAAUGUACUUUUCAUGUUAUCUGAUGUUUUGCAUAUAAUGUAUUUUUUGUUUUAUAAGGGGCUCACUGCCCCCCUCAGUAAACAUUCCGAAGUUUUUCAUUCAUCUGAAACUUGUUGUCAGUGUGAUUUACUUCAGCGUGCACGCACCUCAUUACAAACAAUCUGAUCGGGGCAGAUACUCAAGAAAACACUUGGUUUGAUCUAAAACAACCUCACAAUGCAUAUCUUAUAUCUACGCUAUAUCAAAUAAAAAAAUAUUAUUAAAGUGACAUUGUUAUCCAAAACCUUUUAUACUUUCAUCCAGCUUUAGAUGCCCCUACGGAGGUAACCACAGCAAAGUAUAAGUUUGGGUAGCAAUGUCACUUUAAUUAUAAUUUUCUUUUGUUAUAGAGCAGAUGUAUAUAAUGCAUUGUGAGUAUAUCCAUCAAAGCACUGUCACUUUAGUUUUGACAUUGUGUUUUUAUCACAUAUUAAUUUUGCAUUAUGUAUUCUUACAAGAGGUUAAUGAAAUACACUUUAGUUCAUUUAGCACUAACUAUUUUAAUUUGUCUCCCAGGUUAAAAUUAGUGUAGGACCCAUCGAUAUGUGGGUACUGUGGCAUAGUGGUUGGCUUAACACAAUAUGGCCAUAUGGUGGAACUGAAUCCCCAUGUUUGUUUGCUGAGAUAGAUGAUUUUGAGUAGCCUUAUAAAGUUUAAAAGUGUGUGCUGUUCCUGGCCCGUAAUCCAUAACUGUUCUAGCAGUGUAGGCGAUUAUUGAUUAUGCUAUACUUAGUAUGCAGGGGCAGACUCACCACUCACAGUGGGAGAUCAAGCCUCUCUCCCCCCAACCCCCCUUCCUGGUACAAGGUUUUUUGCCCCCCUGCUACUCUUUUCCCCCUUCUUUCUGCUGUUUUCACACAGAUGUGUAUGCUGCCCUGCACACAGAAUGGCUGGGUGAGAGUCACAGAGAACCCCCCAAAAUGGCCAGAUUUACUUUUAAGGGGUUAAUCCAACCAAAAACAGUGCCCGACUGGUCAAUCCGCCCCUGUUGGUAUGCAAAGAGCACAAUGGAGUCUGAUUCUUAUGGUCAAGUGACUUCUUGUAGUCAACAGCACUGUAAUACAAACAAUAAAACUAUAAUUUGUGACUGAUGCAGCAUUCGUUAUUUCUAUAAGCUGUGUGCUCAAAACAGAAUCACUGUAGCUUAGUGAACCAGAGUUCCGUGGGAUUAUUCUAAAAUAUAAAUCUUUAUUAAUUAAAACAUGAACAAUAAACUGUGUUUUUUUUAUUUUUUUUAUUUUUUUACAAUUUUCUUAAUUGCAUAUUUUAAUUAUACUUGGAGGCACGCAGGCCUUUAUCAUAACAUGAACAUUAGAACAGGUUGUGUAAUAUCAUUUACGUGGCUGUUUACAGGCAAUUGUAACUUGGGCGCUGUCAUUCUCAGUUUCCCCUCAUGCUUACAUGACCUUAUUCUUCUCGCUGUCUGUUGCUAUUUGCCAGUGCACAUUAUUUAUUGGUUAUUCUUAAACUAGCAAUAUUGCCUUGUACCUGAGAGUAGCUGCUCUGGCUAAAUUGUACGCUGAGUUGAAGACCAACUUCUAUUAAGUUGUUUGUUGUCCCAUUGGUCUUUACUCGACUCUUGUAGGUUACCAUAAUCUAAGUGCGUGUGAAUGUGUUCCUUCAUCUACUAGUUUUAGAAUGUUUGUAGCGUCGGUUGUUAGAGUUUGUAGUGUUUGGUCUUAUUUCUUUCUAGAGUUUGAUGGAAUUAGUCGGCUCUUGACCUCUAAUCCCAGGUCUCCGUGCCUGCCAGGCUUCUGCUUGUGGAUGUGUGUUCGUGGGUGUCUGUAUUAGGUCAUGUGUCCCGUGGGUUGGUUGGGUAUCGCGGAUCGUGCAAUCCUGGGUUUGUAGCUUUAUAUGGGGCUGUGUUGGGCGCCUUGGUCGUAUGAUUGUAGCGUUGUUCCCUCUAGUGUGGUGUGUUUUGUGUAUCCGUAUCUUAGGGGUAACUUGUGGUGUUAGGGUGGAGGGGUUGGGUUCGGUAGUCUAGUAGGAUAGUGAAGAUGACUGGUAGCGGGGUAAGUCAGUUAGGGUUGCUCGAGGCCUCGGGUCCACCCCCGGACCCCCUAGAGAUGAACUCCAUCCACGGGUACCAGGUCUGAGCACAUUUGUCGGAGCGGUCCUGCAGGGAGGCCGUCUUUAUUUCCAUGUUGUAAAUAUCUUCUACUCUGGUUACCCAUUGCUGGAAGGUAGGUGCAACCCGCAUUUCCAGUGUGUCGGGAUUAGGGAUUUUGCUGCCGUGAGUAGGUGUAUCGUAAGGCUCUUUUUGUAGGCUGCUGUGGGGAGUGUCGUGUGAUUAAGGAGCAUCGUCAGUGACCGAAGUCUGCGUUGGUGAUUUCUUUGAUCUUACUGUUAAUCAUCUGCCAGUAGGGAGCUAUGAGUGGGCAUGUCCACCAUAUAUGUAUUCCGGUGCCGAUGCCUCUCUCACAUCUCCAGCAGUUACCAGAGAUUGAUUUGUGGACAUGUCGAAGGGUGUCUGGGGUCCUGUACCAAUGUGUCAGUAGUUUGUAGUUGGUUUCCUGGUAUUUUGAGGAAAUUGAUCCCUUGUGUGUUAGUAGGAAGAUUUUAUCCCAUUCCUGGUCAGUGAGUGUGGUCUCCGUGUCCUGUUCCCAUUUUGUCGUAAAUCCCAAUGGGGAUCUUUCGCCAUUGGACAUUAGGGUGGUGUAUAGUAGUGACACCCCAUGUGGGAGGUGUCUGGUCGUGCAUGUGUGUUCCGUAUAUGUCAAUGGCCUGUGCAGGUGACCCUUACCUGAUGGUCAAGUAGUAGGUCCUGAUCUGGUUGUAGUGAAAUUUGUCUAGCUGUGUCGGUCUGUGUUGCACGAGCAAGUCCGCUAUUGGUUUGAGUGUGUGUGAGGUGCUCCAUUUGUGCAUGUAUUAGCAGUCUGUGGCUUGGAAAUUCUUCAGGGCGGUGGGGUGUAGCUAUGUAACUAUGUAUGGAGCACCAAAUGCAGAGCGUUGCGUCUACCUCCGGAUUGCCUGUGCGAAUCUCAGCAUAGGUUGAGCUCCCAUGCCAGAGUCUGGAUGGUAUCUUUCCCUGAGUUUGGUGGAUUUCCAUUUGUACCCAUAAUUUCGGGCUCGGGUUGGCGUGCCAGUCUACUAGCCAUUGCAGGUGAGUGGCAUGGUAGUAUGUGAGCAGAGAGGGGAGUCCCGCGCCUCCUUCUCUGCAGGGUCGUUCUGCAGAUCCGGGUGGGCUUGUGGUUCCAUACGAAUUUUCGGAUCGCUGUUGUCUGAGAGUGGAAGUAUGCUCUCGGCAGUGGUGUCGGGAUAGUCUGGAACAGGUAUAGAAGAUGGGGAAGCGCGUUCAUCUUGACCACAUGGCCAAACCAUGAGAUGUAUUGGGAUGACCAUCUGUGGAGGUCGUUCUGCAGUGUUGUUAGGAUCGGGCGGUAUUUUGUGCGGUAUAGGAGUGUGAGAUCGGCCGGCAGCUAGACUCCGAGGUACCGAAGUUUGUCCUCACAGAGUUUGAAUGGGAAUUGCGAGAUGAGUUGGUUUAGAUGUUUGGGGUCUCGCGUUACUGGCAUAGCUUCAGAUUUGAAAAAGUUGAGUUUUAGGUUAGAUACCAGGUUAUACUUCCGGAAGGCUUCUAGGAGAUUUGGAGUGGAGGUUCUCGGCUGAAAAAUAGCAUAUCGUCCGUGUAGGCGGCCACCCGAUGCUCGACCUCACCCAUGCGGAGCCCCAUGAUUCCCCCAUCUCGUCUGACCGCCUCAAGAAAAGGCUCUCUCGAGAGAGAGAGAGAGAGGGCAAACAGGAGUGGGAACAGGGGGCAUUGUGGGUGGGGAAAGGUUUCGUUAGGGCGCCGUUGACACGUAUACGUGCUGUUGGGGUGGUAUAUAGCGCCGCAACCCAGGCCCGCAGGGUAGGGCGAAAGCCCAUGUGCUGUAGGGUUUCCGCUAGGAAAGUCCAGUCCACUCGGUUGAAAGCCUUUUCGGCGUCUGUGCAGAGGAGUAUCACAUCCUUCCUGGCGUGCUUUGCAUAAUGGAUGACAUUAAGUGCCCUUAUGGUGGUGUCCCUCGCUUCACGACCUGGUAUGAAUCCGACCUGGUCGGGGUGGACCAGGUCUGGGAUGAUCCGCAUGAGCCGGAGAGCUAGAGCCUUCGCGAAGAGCUUUAAGUCUGUGUUCAGGAACGAUAUUUGUCGGUAACUUGAGCAACAGGUCGGGUUCUUACCCUCCUUAGGGAUGACCGUCGCAGUGAGCGUGUCAGAAGGGAAACGUCCACCUGAGCUUAUCGAGUUGAGGCCUGUGAGGAGUCUCGGCAGCAGAAUGUCUUUAAAGGUUGUCAUGUAUGUUAAUGGGAGGCCGUCAGGGCCUGGGGCCUUGUGAGGUUUGGACUGUUUCAGGGUGGCUGCUAGUUCCUCGAGCGUCAGGGGUUGUUCCAAUUCGGUCGCCGACUCCGUGGGUAUUGUGCGGGCUACGUGUUGGUCAAAGUAGUACGUGAUGCGUUGGAAAUGGCGUUGUGCAGCUGCACCUCUCCUGUCUUGUGUUUGGUCGUAUAAGUCGGUGUAAUAUUCGUGGAAGGCGUCUAGGAUGCCCUCCGGGAGCCUAGUGAUGUCUCGACCCCUGGUCCGAAUCUUAUGGAUGUGCUGCCUCUUUUCCUUCAACAUUCUGGCCAGCAAACGACCACUCUUGUUCGAGUGUUCGUAGUAGAAUCUGGCCGACUUCCUGAAGGUGAGUUGGAGCCCUUUGGAAAGGAUAUUACCGAGCUCUCUACGUGCCUCUGUGAGUUGUAGGUAUGUAGUGUUGUCUAAUGUGCGUUUGUGGUCCUGUUCCAGUGUAGCUAUGCUUUUGGUCAGUUCGGUCAUGUGUUGUGUCCUGCCCCCUUUGCGUUGGGUGCAUUCUGCGAUAAAGUUUCAGUGUAUGACACGUUUGUGAGCUUCCCAUAGAGUCAGUGGGUUCGUGUCAAAGAAUUGUCGGAGCGCUUGGGCGGCCUUGUCUGUGAACCCUACGUCAUUCAACAGACUUUCGUUUAGUUUCCAGUGGCGUUCACCGGGUUUAAAGAGCGGGGAACUCGUGUUUACAGACACCGGGGCGUGGUCUGUGUGGUCAAUGAGUCCGAUGUUUGAGUCACAAAGGAUUGUCAGGUAUUCGUGGGCUAUGAAGAUAUAGUCUAUGCGGCUGUAGAGUUUGUGUACAGCCGAGCAAAAGGUGUAGUCCCGGUUGUCUGGGUGCACCGCCCUCCAGCAAUCUACCAAGCCCAGUCGGCCUAUUGAUCGGAGUGUUGAUUGAAUGCAAUGCGUGGGGACCGCGCUGGUGCCUCUUGAGGAGUCCAGGCUUAGGUCUAAGUUAAGGUCCCCAGCCACUGAGUAGUCCCUCUCUGAAUUUUUCUAGCCUGGCCAUCGUUUUACUGAGGAAUGUAUAUUGUUUUUUGUUGGGGCUGUAAAGGCACGCUAAAGUAUAGGUAUGGUCUGCUAUGGUGCCUUUGAGGAACAAAAACCUCCCACCUGGGUCUGAUAGCUGUGCUGAGCAGUGGAAUGGGACUGCGUGGGAGAAAAGUAUCGCUACACCUGCUUUCUUCGAGUCUGGGUGGUUUGAGUAGAAAGCCACGGGGAAGCGGCUAUUCCCUAUUUUUGGUUCCCCUAUGCCCUUGAAGUGCAUCUCCUGCAGGAACGCUAUGCUCACCCUUUCCGACCACAGCCUCUGGGGAGUUCAGUCCUCGGACAUUGUUGGUCCAGUACUUAAGAAGCGCAGGCUGGAGUCUCAUCCCGACUCACGAGGGGUGCGUCUACGGUUGCGGCCUGUGUGUUUAUGGGUGAGGUUUGUUGCAGGUGUGUCUUGUGGGCCUGUUAUGGCUGGGUGGGGUUACCUGACGAUCAGGGAUCGGCAUCUCUACCUCUAUGGCAGAAGGGGCGUGGGGGGGGUCCAGCGUUUGGUCAGCGUCCUUCUGUCCUGUCUGUGACUUCCCUCGCCUAUGUCAGGUUCAGUAUGACCGGUGUGGGGCUGCUCCUUACUAUUAGUUGGUGUGUUCCUGAGAUUUCGGCUGUGUUAGUGUACGGGGCUGACGGAAACAACUGUUACUUUUAUACACCCUGAACAGUAGCAUUGGGAAAUACAUGUUAGAUAAACGUUUGGUGGGCCUAGGGACAGUGUCACAUCGGACUCCCGGUCACCGCAACCUUUGUGCUCCUUUCCAGCUAAGGGCUACGGUCAAGCUCUUGCUGGUGGGCCCUCGAAUAUCCAAUUUGGGACGGUGACAUGUGUGAGGCCGGUUGCCCGUAGGAAAUGUGGUAUAUCGUUAGGCCAUCGGAUGGUAUGCCAGUGGUUGUCAACUUUGGCUUGUAAACUGAAUGGGAACCCCCAUUUGUACAGGAUCCUUUUUUCUUGCAGGAGGCGCGUGAUCGGUCUCAGGGCCCGGUGGGCGUCCAGGGUAAGUGUGGACAGGUCCUGGUAGAGCGAGACUCGUGUGUCCAUGAACGGGAUGUCGUGCUGUGCUCUAGCCGCCCUCAUGAUUGAUUCUUUGAGCUGAAAAGAGAGUAUGCAGCAAAUUACAUCCCUGGGUAGUCCAUCUCGCCUGGGGGUACGUAAGGCCCGAAGGGCUCUCUCGAUGGCAAAAUCUGACGGUGCCUCGUCACCUAAUAACUGGGAGAACAGGCUUGUGAGCAUUUCAUGUGCGUUUUCCCCUUCUGUUUCUGGGAUGCCUUGGACCCGGAUAUUGUCUUUGCGGGUGAGCAUGCUCGGGGAGAUGGCCGCCAGUUCUGCAGAAAUCUGGGAGAGUGCAUCCGUGUCCUGGGGGUCCGGCGUUGAUUCUGCCAUGCUCACGGAACCAGGGGAGGUAGACGCCAUAUUGUCGUGGUCCCGAGUGCCGUGUAGGCCUUGAGGCGUGGAGAGGUAUUCAUCCAUGGGGCUGGGCUGCUGUCGGUGCUGUGCAGCUGGAGCCGGCCCUGGGGUGGCUGGUCGUUUAGUUUUCCCCAUUUUCUUGUCGUUUGCCGCUGUGUUUUAAGGCUUUUUGAGGGUUGGGGCCCAGGAGCUCGAGUCUUGUGCGUCCUACUCCAUGUGCGGCCAAGCCACGCCACGCCCCCCCAUAUAUAUAGUUUUAAGAAGGCUUUCUGGCAUAUAAAGCCUCAAUUUUUUUAUUGACAAGUGAUGACUUCCAACAUGAUGCCCAGUAGCUGGUGAUUUAAAAUAUCUAUACAUUUUAAAUGUCAAACAUUGCACGCGUAGGCAGCUACAGUGAUGUCUGCCAUAUCACACGAGGUUCAGUAGAUACUGGGUUUUUUGGGGUUUUUUUUUUUGAGAAGCCAUGAGACUAUACCUGUCACUCUGCUGUGAUAGAUUGUCGGCCACCAUUCUAGGCAGAUAGGAGCUUUUCUGGGAAAUUCCAGUAGAAACCGUCAUAGUGUAUGACUUGGUCAGCAAUGGUGUAGGUAGAACUUGGGCUACUGACUUUGAGCCAUGGUUCUAAAACUCAUUUGUGCUCACAAAUUAGGUCGAAAAAAAAUAUUUGGCUGAAUUCCCCUUAUUUUAUUGCCACUGAACAAAAGAAUUGAUCCUGGCUCAGUAGACCAAGAGCUCCAACUUUGAACUCUAUAAUAUAACACAGUUGGUGGCAAAGCAACCCAGACUUUCAUUUGAAUGUCUAUACCAUCAAUAAACGUUGACAUUCAUGGUCAGUUUUUCUUUUCAGAUGAUCAUCCUGCUGAAUGCUAGAAUACAGAAAUAAAUUCAGAUAUUAACUUUGUGGUGGAACCAACCUCGCCACUAGCCACUGGAGGAGCCUGGUUGCCCACCUCUUGCUGCUGGACUAUAGCCCUGCAUUAAAAGCCUUUUAUUCUCCCUAUGUGAGCAGUAUUACCCCAGAUAGCUAAGCCAGGGAGCCCAUUCGUAUACCGAAAGACUAUGGGAAAGACUUUGGCUCCAUGGCGAUUAAACUGUAUGCAUGUGAUCUGAGCGCCAUCCGGUAAUAAUGUGCGCUCAGAUCUAAGCUAUCUGGGGAUAGGUAGAAUGUGGAUGUUCUAUGUGAUGAAUGUAACAGUAUGUAAUUUUAUGUCUUUUACUGUCUUCUUACUGUCAUGUGGUUAAUGGAGUUUUGCCUCUGUCCUUGGAGAUAAUUGAAGUGUGUAAGUCUGCGAUUGGUCCUUUUACCCUUUGUGUCCCAGUCUUCCAUCUGGUCCCCUAGGGGAGUGUCCACCAGGUGGGAGACCUGCAUAAAAGCCAGGCAGGUAGCCCCAGUAAAUCAGUUCUGCUUGACCUCAAAACAAAGUGUCGUCUCGUUAUUGGGGGAAUUGGAUUGUAUGCUGAUUGCCAGGAUUGUAAGCCGAUUAUAUGCUUUUCCUGUUCAGCUGCUUACAUCAUUCAUAUGCUUGAGAGCAUUCGUAUGCUUCUCCGGUUCGGUGGUUGUGGUGUCUGCUGCAGUGCUUGGAGUACUCAGGAAGUGCUAGGAGCAUCCUUCAACGGAGGUACCCAGUCGGGGUGCCAGGUGAUCCGUUACAUACUUAAACUAUCAAAUAUUAUGUGCUUUCCUCAGGUCAUCUAGCUAACUGCCAAAAACUGAGCAGUAUUGCUAGUUAGAGUCGAUACCACUAGGUUUCCUUACUCAAAUACCAAAAUAAUGGUGUGCUUGUAAUACUUAUCACAAUAAUUUUUAAAACAAAUAACCUAAAGACUAAUCAAUUAGAAGCAUAAUAGUGCAGACCAUCUGCUAUAUUACUAAAACAAAACAUGCUUUAAAAGGUGUGUAUCUGGUGUUUCCCAGAGCCCUGACAACCCAGGUCACACGCGUCAUACUCACACGUCAUUAGGAGACAGAGUCAAAUGCGGAAAAAUUGAUCUGCUUAGUGUAAUGGUGAGAACCCAGCUGGGAGACCCACCAGUACUUCUAGUAAUCUAUUAUUUUAUGUUGUUAUACUAAAAUAAAUCUAUGUAAUACUGCACCAUUGUGUUCUUCUGUGUUUGGUUUCUCCAUAUCAAGAAUUUAAGUUGAAGCAAGUUUGUGGCAGACUUCCUACGGUAUGGGACAUUUCCCUUUCCAGUGAAGAUAUCUAUACCCAGAGCCAGGGUUGACAGGGCUCUGGGAAAUGUGAGUUGAAACCCCAGAUAUACACAUUUAAAAGCACAUUUUGUUUUAUUUACAAAGCAGAUGGUCUUCACUAUUAUGUUUCUGUAGGAUUAAUUUUUAGGUUCUUUGUUUUGAAAUUAUUGUGAUAAGUAUUCAAAGUACACUAUUAUUUUGCUACUUAUUUGGAUUUGUAUGUCCCUCUUUGUGUCCUGCUGGUACAUAGAAACACUUGCUAAUAUAUUUUUGUCACAAUAUCACUGGAUGUAUAUGUAAGCACUUACACAGUGUUUUUAGAAUCAAAACGCUCACUCCACUUUUUUCAGUUGUAUUAGGUUUCCUUACACGUCUCUGGGUUCAUAUUGGAUUUCUUACUCGGUUUCUUUUUAUUUUCUUCCAUAGAUUCGCUGCCAAGCUGAUUGAAGGUGUUCUCGACUUCAAGACUAUGAUAGACAAGUGAGUAGACCUGUACAUCGAAGCUUCGACUUUUGUUUUUGAAUGUCAACGAUCCAAAUUCCCUUGCUCUUACUGAAAUAGGAUUUUUCCAUUGUCUGCAGUGAGACUCUACCCGUGGAAAACCUUGCUGGGCAACCUCUCUGCAUGAAUCAGUACUACCAGAUCUUAUCUUCAUGUCGAAUCCCAGGGCCAAAACAUGACUCCGUUGUCAACUACAGUCAAGCAAAAAAGCCACCCACUCACAUCACAGUGGUUCACAACUUCCAGGUGAGGUCCAACAGAGUCAAUCGUAUCCAAAGAAGGCCAUUCAGGGGUUCUGGUCAGCCAUACCACCUGGACAAGGUUAUUCCUGCUUACAUUCUGUAUUAAAGGAUCACUAUAGGGUGAGCUACACAAACGUAUUCCUGACCCUAUAGUGUUAAAACCACCAUCUAGCCCUACUGGGCCCCUCUUGCCUCUUGCCUUCAUUAAUAUAGCAAAAUCUUACUGUAUAUAAGCCUGAAGCUGUAACUCUGCAUGCUGUUUGCCUCAGAAAAACAAGCAGUCUGCUGACAUCAUAAGAAGUGGUAGUCUGAUCCAAUCACAAUGCUUCCCCAUAGGAUUGGCUGAGACUGACAAAGAGGCAGAUCAGGGGCAGAGCCAGCACAAUUCAAACACAGCCCUGGCCAAUCAGCAUCUCCUCAUAGAGAUGAAUUGAAUCAAUGAAUCUCUAUGAGGAAAGUUCAAUGUCUGCAUGCAGAGGGAGGAGAUACUGAAUGUUUGGAUGCAUUUUAGGCAGCCAUGACCCAGGAAGGAUCUCUAACAGCUAUCUGAGGAGUGGCCAGUAAAGUUAUCACUAAGGCUGUAAUGUAAACACGUCUUUUUCUCUGAAAAGACAGUGUUUACAGCAAAAAGCCUGAAGGUAAUGAUUCUACUCACCAGAACAAAUUCAAUAAGUUGUAGUUGUUCUGGUGACUAUAGUGUCCCUUUAAGGGGCGGUUGGGUCGUAUCUUCUAAAUUCUUCCUUUCCUACAACUUACUUGCUGGCUGUGAGUUUUCUUGUAACCAACCAUCUAUGCUUAUAAAUCAGCUGUACAAGUUAUAUAAUGGGUUUAGAAUGAUACUCCAAGCACAGCACCUCUAUAUAUUAAGUCUGCAUUAUUCCAAUGCAUGUUCAAUAUCAGGGUUUCCUAACCUUGGUUUUGACAUAAUGUAUAAUAAGCAAAAUAUUUAUUUGAAGCACGCAUCACACACUGUUUCAGAGGGUUCUGCUAUGGUAUACCAAUUAUUGGGGUCGGUUGUCUAGCCGCCUUGAUCUAUAAAACUCACCUAAAAAGUUUACCUUGGCAUUCGCAGAUGAGCUUACUCUUAUAGAGGCAUUUUUUUUGGUUGUAAAAAGGUCUUUCGCAGUUUGGGAUUGAGUGUCGAUAACAUUUUUUGUUUUGGCAGUUAAUAUUAUUAGAAUUCAUAGAGCACUAACAUAUUCUGAAGCACUUUACUGUUCUAGAAAGGGGAAGAGCUGAAGAAGGACAUGCACAAACAAACUUACAAUUACGAUCGCCUGCUCCAAUUCACGGGGAGCUAAUACACUCGGGUCUAUGUAAUGCUAAAUAAUUGUUUAACAGGGACAAUAUAAAGCAAAAUUAGUGAUAAGGUAUUGCAAAAUUCUUUAACUCCUGGUUUAAAAAUUUGGGGGGGAUCAAAUUGUAUUCAUCUUGAGAUGGUUUCAAAAAUAAAAACCAAAAAAGGCUAUAUUAUAUAUAAAAUUAUAGGACGAGUUAACUGGAAUUCACAUAGACUGUGGAACGUAUAAUGAAUCAGAAAUCUGAUAUUCGAUAUUAGAUUAGAUAUUAGAAGUAUUUAGUACACCACUUAGCAGUCAUUACUGAUCUUCUUGAGAGAACAGAAAAAGCAGAUAGAUUGAGUUUAGAAACUAUAUUGGAUUAGUAAAAUACAGCAUUUAAAUUACCAGCCAUUAAAUGAUGAACUGAUGGAGUUAUUUCAUGCACUAUUUUGUCUCAAGUGUAUCCCUUCUUCUUAAACAGACAGAGUGAUUUUUCUUCUGCUCGAAACAUUACAACCCUACAUGUUCUCAUAACUCCGUGUUCUAAAUAAGAACCUUGUAUGCAGCUAAUAAAAUGGUGUAUGAUGUCACCUCCUGCUGUUAAAUCAUUUCUUUGUGCCCCUGGCCAUUCCACCCCUCUGCUUAAACUAUGGGGCGUACAGAUUCCAGGUUCCAUGGUGGUCCAAAACAGGAAAUAUUUGGAGAGAUGAUCCCUGAGAUGCAGCAUUGGUUUCUUCCAUGAUGUUUUGCUAAACUUCAGUAGGGGAACCAAGUCACAUGCCCACACCUGCCCUGUCAUUCAGCACAUCCCAAGAAUGAGCCAGGAGAGAGCUGUGCCAACUACAGUACAGCCCUCUGUAUACUCCACAAGACUUGCCAUUUUAGAAGAUGCUCUGAUCCUGUCGUCUAGCUAUUACUAUUUGUCCCUUGUCAAAGUCACUCAGAUCUUUUCGCUAGCCAUUUUUUUCUGCUUCCAAGACAUGAAAUCCAAGAACCGAGUGUUCGCUUGCUGUUUAAUAUAUCCCACCCAUUGACAGGUGCCAUUGUAACUAUAUAAUAUAACCUAUAUAAUCAAUGUUAUUCACUUGAUCUAUCAGUGGUUUUAAUGUUGUGGCUGACUAGUGUGUGUGUGUGUGUGUAUAUAUAGUGUGUGUAUAGUGUGGUUUUUGUUUUGUUUGUUUUUUUUUUACCAUCCUGAUGAAAGCCAAAAUAUGUGGCUGAAACGUUGAUUUGAUUUAUUUUGAACAUUAAAAGUUGUUUUAGUGAUAUUUACAAGUCCCUGUGUGCGGUCAUUCUCUGUUUUUAUAUAUAUAUAUAUAUAUAUAUAUAUAUAUAUAUAUAUAUAUAUAUAUAUAUAUAUAUAUAUAAUAUAUAUGUGUGUGUUAAAAUGUGAUGUAAGGUAAGAAUGCCUUUGAAAACAAACAUGAUCAUUGUAAAAGAACAAGGAAGUGAUGGUAUGGACUCAAUUAUUUAAAUAUUGAUUUAAAUAUUUUUUCUAUCACUUUGCAUUUUGUUUAUUGGUAAACACCUAUUCACAUUUCUAUUUUUGAAAGAAGAAAUGUGUGUUUGUGAUACUCAAGUGACGUAAUUGCAGCAAUAAGUCUCUUUUAAUAAAAGAUAUGGACUAAGUGUGACAUCUGUAGCAUAUUGUGAUAUUAUGUGCGAUAAUCUGAAAAGGGUGGUUGUAAAGUCCUUCCCUAAAAUUAAUAUUUAAUAACAUCAUGUGAAGGCCUGAUAGAAACACACUGUAGAUAGCAUUGGCAUGGAACUGUAAUGUUGUAGUCACUGUAUCAUUUUUCACCAAUUAAAGAAUCUGAAAUAUAAUAAAAAUGUAUAACACUAAUACAUAUAAAAAAAAAAAAUUAAAUAAACUUGCCUUUCACGUGCUAUUUAUAUUGUUAUUCUUAUGCUGACCUCUCUAAUGUGCACCGUCUCAUCUUCCAGUUCUUUGAGUUGGAUGUGUAUAAUAGUGAUGGGACACCUCUAACCUCAGAUCAGAUCUUCAUUCAACUGGAGAAAAUCUGGGGAACAUCGUUGCAAACCAACAAGGAACCCAUCGGGAUAUUGACGUCCAAUCACCGGAACAGCUGGGCUAAGGCCUACAACAACCUUAUCAAAGGCAAGACAUAGACUGUCUGAAUUCUGACAAAAACACUAUUAAAUGCUUCACAUUUAAAUGUAUCUGAAUGCUUCAAAUGGUUGAUGAAAGAGUCUGCUUCACAGACUUAUACACAUUUCAUCUAUGUGGCGAAGCUUCAAUAUUCAAACAAAGUAUCUCCGCAAAAACCUCUCUCCUAUUCCCGCAAAGUAAUAUGUGAAUUGUAGCAGCCCAUCUAAACAUCACUCGAGACUUAAUGAGGUGUGAAAACAAAAACACUUUAUUGGGUUUAACACACACUUUUAUACACAGACCCCCAGCACCGGGUCAUUAACUCACACAAUGGAGAUGCUACCAAGGCGAAUCUGUGUCUGGGAGAUGAUAAAAUUAAGUACCGGUAAUCUAAUCAACCUCCAGACACCAGUAACAUGUGGUAUCCCCGGAUAGCUUGUCCCAAACACCCCAUCUGGCAAAAUAGAAUCUGCACCUGGUUAAAGAUUUGACCGGUCGUGGCUGAGCUGCAGUCUGAGGAAUAGUUCCACAUGGCCAGCGUGAGUUACUGUCCGGCAUAGCUAGGCGACCGGGUGGUCAGAUUUCAGGGAGCUUGGGCUUCAGGUGUCUGCCGAAGGGAUAAGGAGCCAUCGUAUAGUGUUCAAUAGUUCUUUUAUGCUUAUUUCAUACAGUCUUGUCACUAUCUAUAUGCCUAAUGCGUGUUCACACUAAGAGCAAAAUUGAAAUUUACACAGUGGGGAUCAGUGAUUAGGAAAACUGUGUGAUUUACAGAACACUUCUAAAUGUUAUCACUUAACAGUGUGAAGCAUGACUUAAUGUUCAAAAAGAACAUGGCUGCACUCACGUUUCUUGUUCAUAUGAUUUCGUAUCAGAUGAUGGAAUUUGCUUACUUUAAAAUAACUGGCCAAUGAAACAUAUGCUUCAUUCGUAAAAUGAAGUGAAUUAUCGCCGAAUGCUUGCAAAUAAACGUGCAUCUCCAAUGCACUAGAAAAAAUCAAACUAUUUCCCCUGCUCAUGCAAGUCCCUGCCCACCAGAAAAUUCUCUUUUACAGACUCUCUCAUAGCAUUUGCGUGAGAGCCUGUGCUGCUGCAUCUUUAGAUUCAAUAAAGAAAAAACACUAUUUGGCAAAAUGUAGAAAUUCAGCUUCAAUAAACAGUGGUUUUCAUUCAUGUUUAUUGAUUAAUGAAACUUCUGACAUCUGCUGAACUACAUAUCCGGUAAACAAAUUUUUAUUAAAUAAAUGUAUUUAAUAAAAUAUAUUCCCCGUCCUUUUUUUUACCAGCCAGUUUUAUUUGAGCAUAACCUGUAAUACGGACACACGGAAAAAUUCUGAUUAAUUGGGAACCCCAAAACAUUUCUUUUUUUUGCUGUAAAUAUGACUUUUACACACCCAUGUCUCAGACUGACAAUGCUGUUGCCGGUCGAUAGGCAAGAGUGUCAGAGCUGAUGCUCUAAUUUUAUCGCUGGCUUCCCUUUUUAAAUAAUAGUACAUACACUGUUUUGAUGCAGAAUUCUGUCUUUCCCCAGAUAAAAUCAAUAAAGAGUCUGUGCGAACAAUCCAGAAAAGCAUCUUUACCGUUUGCCUCGAUGCCCCCAUGCCCAGAGUGUCUGAUGACCUGUACAAAAGUCGUGUUGCUUCACAGAUGCUGCAUGGAGGAGGCAGCCGCUGGAACAGUGGAAACCGGUGGUUUGACAAAACUCUUCAGGUACGAGUUGCGAUGGUUUACUUAGAAAUAAAGUCAACUGGUUAUAUGAACACCGAAAAAUCAAUUAGGGGUUUAUGUUAAGGCAUUCCUAUUUCUGAAGCUGCCAGGACAUAGCUGGACAUGUUAAAUAAAUCGAUUAAAACCUUUUUUGGUUCAGAUUGUUGCCCUAGCUAGCUGAGUAUUUGGGUGGGUUUGCAGAUCUACGUUAAUAUUUUGUGUCCACCUGGGAUCCACCAGGCACCUUCUGCAGCUGAAGCUUUUAGCCAGUGAGCCAACCCUGCAUGGCAGAGCUUGGUUCAACAGGGUUAAUGGACACUACUUACAGGAGAUUCCAGUGCUGGCAGAUCCCAGGUAAGUUGUCAAAAAGUUCUUAAACCUUUUUACUAUGGCAUUACACCAGAGCAUUCCUGGUACCAUUACCACUACAGUACUCAGUAGUGGUUAUCGUGUUUGGAGUCUUCUUUUAAAUUUAGAAUUCCUUAAGAGUUUCACUGCCUUAAUCCCAAAAUACAGCUGAACAGUGUGGCAUUUAGCUGUUUUCCUUUUUUUUUUCUUUCAUGACAAGUGCAUUUUUGUCAUUCACCUUACCAGUUUAUAGUGGCAGAAGACGGAUCAUGUGGACUGGUUUAUGAACAUGCGCCUGCCGAAGGACCUCCCAUAGUUGCCCUGUUAGAUCACGUUGUCGAAUUCACGUAUGUGUUUAUUUUAUUGAGAUUUAGUUGCAGCUGUAUGGCAAAGUUUGAGUGGACCUGUCUUUUAACAAGUUUAGAUGUAAAACUAUCCAAUUUUUAAGAAACCCUUGGAGAUUUUAAAAUCACAUUUUCUCAUAUAGUAUAGUAAAAAUUUCUCAUAUAGUAUAGUAAGAUUUUCUCAUAUAGUACUGAUAUAGUUCUCAUAUAGUAAAAUAUUCUCGUAUAGUACAAUUUUAUAGAAACCCUUGGAGAUUUUAAAAUAAAAUUUUCUCAUAUAGUACUGAUAGUUCACCUACCAAAAGUCAUGUGGUCAUUAGAGAGAACUGUUGAUCACAUCCGAAUCAAUGCAGCGAUCCCUUUCUCUGUGAUCAAGAUAUGUUCAUGUAAUUUUCUUUUUAAUUUUAUUAUUUUAACAUUUAUCUGUGUUCUUCCAGGAAGAAGCCAGAACUUGUCCGAUCACCCAUGAUCCCUUUACCGAUGCCCAAGAAGCUGAGAUUUAACAUCACUCCUGAAGUUAAGAAUGAUAUCGAGAAAGCAAAGCAAAAUCUCAAUAUGUAAGAGACAAAUAGUUUGGACUUAGAAAACCAGACACGUGGAAUACUGCUCACUAAUUUUAACAGUCCAGCAUGGGGAUAGUUUUUGGGCUUACUUGCCCCAUGUAAUCCACCCAUGCAAUUUCUUUUUCUAUUUUUUUUAUUUAUUUUUUUUAUAAAAUGUUUUUCUGAUUUCAAUGGAAGAAACCUAACUCAUCAUAAUUGCAGUAUUAUGGGCAAUUACAAUUCAUUCAUGUACCCCACAAGACACAUCAUCAAAUAAUUUGUUUGUAUUGUUUUAGUAAUAACAUUUCUAAUGGUAAAAAAAUAAAAAUUGAAAACAUACAUAGAAUCAUAGAAUGUGACGGCAGAUAAGAACCAUUCGGCCCAUCUAGUCUGCCCAAUUUUCUAAAUAAAGAAAAUGUAACGGGAAGCAGACCCCCUCUCCUCCCCCCCCACCCCAUGGGUAGUGUCCGCUAUUUAUUACAUACUUACAUAGCUGAAAAGAGACUUGCGUCCAUUAAGAUCAGCCUUCCUCACAUAUGUUUUUGCUGUUGAUCCAAAAGAAGGGGGAAAAAACCUGGUCUGAAGCACUUCCAAUUUUGCAUCAAACUUGGAAAAAAUUCCUUCUUGAUCCCAAAAUAGCAGUCAGAUGUCUCCUUGGAUCAAGCAGCUAUUACCCCACUAAUUAGAAAUUAUAUCCCUGUAUGUAAUGUUUUUGCAAGUAUCUAUCCAAUUUCAGUUUAAACAUCUGAAUGGACUCUAAUAAAACCACUUCUUCAGGCAGAGAAUUCCAUAUCCUUAUUGCUCUUACUAUGUGGGUGAAAAAAGUGUCACAACGUAACUAGAAGACAAAUGAAAGUUGUGGGUACAUCAAGCAGAUGUUAUUGGAUGAAAACAUGGGCAAUAUUUCGGCUCUGCAUACUCUUCUUGAGUAUGACCUUUGCGUGCCCAGACCUUUACAUUCAGUGUACACUAGAGCUCUAAGCAUUUUUCUCUUAUCCUGUGAAAGCACUAAUUUGCUGUAUGGCGCAUAAAAAGAGAUGUAAUGUCGAAAUGCUCACUUACAUAGUCCUUACUAAUUAAUAAAGCAUGGUUUGUGUUUUUGCUAAUGUUCUAUAAUUUUCCAUUUUCAUAUUUUUCUCCCUUUUUAUUUAGAAUGGUUCAUGAUCUAGACAUUAAGGUCUUUGUUUUCGGUGUGUUCGGCAAGAAUUUCCCAAAGUCGGAGAAGCUGAGCCCAGAUGCCUUUAUCCAGGUUGCAUUACAGCUUGCAUAUUAUCGGUGAGCAAUCAAUGCAGCAUGCUUCUUUUCUAAUCUGCCAAAAUGAAUGGCACCGCAUGGGCACCACAGGUAUACAUUAUAGCUGUAUAUGGGCAGAAACAAACUAACCAUGACACCACUUCUGAGGAUAACUAACUAACUGACAGAGGGACCUUCAUAGCAAGCCACAUAGGGCAGUCCAUACUAACUACAGGUCCAUGCUGUGGUGGAUUGAAUGUAUGUAUGCAAGCAUUCAAUACCAUGCCAAUCAGGUUUCGUACAGGUAUAAUAUAUUGUACCUGGUUUGGUGUAGUUUUUGUAAUUCUUUUUGUUGUAACUGUGUUUAGAUCUAUGCAAUACCAUUACAUUUAAAGGGCCAUUCUGCACACCAUAACUUCUACAGCUUAUUGCAGUGCUUGUGGGGUAAAUAAUCUCUGGGUGCUGUCCUCGCAGUUUCAACUAUUAGAGAACUAUUGUUCUAUUAUGGAGCAGUUUGAAAAAACUAUGGGUCUCUUCCAGCACCUAAGGCCCAUUCCCUAUCCUGUGGCCCGGCUAAUGAGGAAAUGAGUGUCUUCAUUAGUCCAUCCAGAACAGGACAAAAAUGCUAGGCUGGAGGCAGGUGAGUCAAAAUCUCUUGACCUAUCAUUGUUGGGCAAACUGUGACCGCUAAGGUAGCUGUUAGUUUCUGGAUUAGCCAGGCCACAGUAGAGGAGACAGCCUGUUUUUGUGAAAGGGGCUUGACGCAAUGUGCAAAGACCUUUUGCGUCAUAACCACUACAGUGAUGGAAUAAUUACCCAAUUAAUAGCAACACAUGCAGGAUGCUGACCAUUUGUAGAGAUAGUCACUUUUUACACUACAUGGCCUAUAAUGCUCAUACAGCUAUACUGCUGACAAAGCAUCAAGGGAGAUGUAUACCACAAUCUGGAGCACCGAAGGUUCUGCUGGUUUAGAGCCUGUACCUCAUGUCCGUAGUGUCCCUUUAUCCUGCCUCUUACAUGAUAAGAAUUUAUCCUCUUACAGUCCAUGUCCAUUCUCUUGCUCCCUAGGAUGUAUGGAAGAGCAUGUGCUACUUAUGAAAGUGCUUCACUUCGAAUGUUUCGCCUGGGGAGGACAGACACUAUUCGCUCUGCUUCUAUAGACUCCCUGCAGUUCGUGCAAGGCAUGGAGGACCCUGCUGUGCAGGUAAGGAGUAGUAGAAAAUAAGUAUGAGUUCCAAGGCCAAGACCUCGUUCUGUUUCAUAUAUUACGUAGGUUUUUUUUGUUUUUUUUUAAUUCAUUCACAUUAAAGGGACAGUACAGGCACCCAGACCAAUUUAUCUCAAUGAAGUGGUCUGAGUGCAGUGCCCCUGUAGUUUUAACCCUGCAAUGUAAAACAUUGCAGUUUUGGAGGAACAACAAUGUCUACAUUGCAGGGUUAACCUGCCUCUAGUGGCUGUCCUAUUGGCAGCCACUAAAGGUGCUUUUGCAGAAUAGUUGAGUAAAACUCCACUAUUUCUAUCAGAUGGUUUCAGAGACCAUCUGAUUGGCGCAGAGUGACAUUUUGCAGUCCAUGCACUCUAGCCUCCCAGUUAGAUUGGCUGAGAUCAUAGAUCCCGAUGAUCUCAGCCAAAGAGGUGGAGCUACACAUCAGAGAACAGUUCUGCAGGGGGAAACUACCUUUAUAACCUUGGCAGCGAGGGCCUGAUAACCUAAACGGUGACCACAGCACUAUACGCUAUAGAGUUCCUUUAAGUUACACUGUGGUACUGAGUUCCCAUUUUGCUAUUGAACACAUUACUGGUCUCCUUAAUGUCAGGUGAACUUGAACAUAAUUCUAGUACACUGGUUCAAUUAUCAGGAUUUUCAUUUUAAACUACAUAAUCAAAUUUUCUUUAGAAACUUCAGGUUAGAAAUUAAAUUGCUGAACAGAAAACAAAUCUGACUUGGAGAAUAUUUCCCUUUUGGCUUUUUAAUUUCGAAUUUCACUUUUAACUUCCAACAAUUUGCACUUCAGUAACUAACCCUGAUCAUGUUAUAAGCUAUAACCGAACAUGUGCCCGAGUGAAUAUAGUGUAAUAAAUAGAUUCUGGCCUUGACAUAAAAUCGUUCUGAAUUAACCACAUGGCAUUAAAAACAAACAAAGCUGAGUGCUGUAGGCUUGGGUAAUCGAUAUAUCUGGAUGCCUGUAUUUUAUGAACAAUGUACUCGUUCUUGUGGAAGAACUUUUUUGACCUCUGUAAUGAUUCUGAGUAACCAAAGGUUGGCUACGUGUUCAGAAAAGAAAAAACUUCUAAACAAACUGAAAAUGAUCAACACAAGGCAAACAAUGUUUAAAGGGACUCUCCAGUGCCAGGAAAACAAAUCCCACCCAUCCCAUGUCGCUGAAGGGGUUAAACCUUUACUACUUACCUGAAUCAGCUACUUACCUGAAUCCAGCGCCGGUUCAGACUCCUCCCUGCCGACAUUAACCGGCGGGGGAGACCUAAUGCGCAUGCGCAGCAAUUGCCUCCCCAUAGGAAAAGCAGUGAGUAGGUCCAGCUUCAGAUAACGGACCGAAAGUCAGACUGAAUUCCAGAGGCGCCCCCAGUGGCUGUCUGGCAGGCAGCCACUGGGGGCAGACUUAGAGCUGUAAUGUAAACAUUGCUGUUUCCCUGGAACAGCAAUGUUUUACAUUGCAGCACUAAGUGCAAUAGGGACACAGCACCUAGAGCACUUCAAUUAGCUGAAGUGGUCUGGGUGCCUGGAGUGUCCCUUUCAGCAACACUAUCUUUAAAAGUGAAUAUAUCAAAGCUUAUCCCCUUAAGGACGGAGGCACUUUAACAAGUUCUAAUCAAAGCAUUAAUCAGCUCUUCUAGCUGAAUGUGUAUUCAUUAAUUUAUCUUUUUAGAACCAGCAAAAAGUUGACCUGCUCAGAAAGGCUGUUCAAGCACACCGCGCUUAUACAGAUAUGGUAAGAAGAAAAGUCAAUUUUACUGGGAAACUACACUUUGGUUAUAUUAUUCUGCUUUGUUUUUCAAAUGCACCGAAAUGAAGUGGAUCACAUGACAUAAUGGAAAAUGUGCCAAAUUGUUUUUACUUAUUUCUCCAUUCAGAAAUGCUUUUAAACAAACACUCCAAGCACCAGAACUAGUACACUCCUCUGUAGUAGUCUUGGUACCAAGAAUACUCUGUUGCCUUCAUAGUGUAAGUAAUAUUUAAAAAUCCUUUAAUGGCAGUUUGACAACUUACCUGAGGUCCACAUGGAGCCCACUGCUGCCUGCAAUACAGAUUCAAGCUCCUGCACUGAGCAAAACUCUGGUUUGCAGAGCUUCUCCCCAUUCUGGCUCCAGGGCAGGUGGCGACUGGCAUCAAACAGACCCCAUGUAAGUUGUCAAAACCUUUCUUAAAUGGUGUUACUACUCUGGGAAGGAGCAGGCUGUUGUGUUAUUGGUUCCUUAAACAACUGCUGUACAAGUACGUUCAUAUACGUAAAUAUACAAGGAUAUGAUACAUUUAGGCAUAGAUCACUUCUGUUUUGUGUUUCACUUGUCAUCUCCCAGUGAUUUUUAGCUUUUAAACCAGUCUUCUCCCAGUUAUUCAGUAACUCCAAAUGUUCGCAAAUUGAAACCAAAUGGAACAGAUGAGGAAACACUUGGAUACACUCUCCAGUAAAACUAAUAUCACAACUUGGGUAUUUUUCAAACGUAAUUUCUCAAAAAGAAAGGACGUUUAGGGAAUAACACUCUGUGUAAAUCUUAUUUUGCUACAUUAGAAGCUUUCGUGAGCAGCAUUCUCACUUUCAUAUCUGGCAAGUUUACCUUUUAUACUUUUGAAUUAGAAAACAUAAAUAAAAAUGUAACUUUGUUUUUGAAGUGAUACUACUGGCACCCAGACAGUAAGUGCAAUGUUAAGAUUAGAUUUAAUACCAUCACCAAAAACAUUUCCCUCCCUCCCUGUAGAGUUUCCCCUUUUUUUUUCCAGAAAUACUGUUGUUUCUGAUAUUUGCAACUUAGCUACUGGUGAUUAAUAUUCAACCCUAAGUAAGUCCCCGAAUCCCUACUUUUGAGAUAUGUUUAGCACUGAUACAGAAAGCUUAGUAAACACUAGACACCUCCUGGUUUGGUUGGAGCUCACUUCGGAUCCUGCGCAGUUGGAGUAUUUGCAGCACAUCUAGGAACUUCAGAUGUUUCACUUUUUUAAUAUAAGUUUUUAUUAAGAAUGUCUGGAUACAAUGCAUGCGGUUAUAGGCUAUAUAUCAGCUUAUCUGAGUAAGCAGUCAGAACUCAGUGUAGGAAGUGACCAGUGACAUUCUCAAGCAGGUUUAUUUAUUAAACCAAGUAAGGAACACAAAAAAAGUGUCCCAUUUCCCCCACGAAAAAAAACCUGACGUUGGUUACAUAGUAUUAAAAGAGACAACUUUAUUAGCCUACCCGGUUCUUUAUAUCACCACAGUGGAGACUAGGUUUAGUGGUCAUGGAGAAGACCAAAAAAACAAAAAACAAAACUGUCAUGUAACGAAGAUGAAUCAAACUCCUUUGCUGGCCAGAGCGAUCCCCUAUUAGCCCAAAAACCCAGAUGUCCAACACUAGGGAGCCAAAGACAUGUGUUAAUAAUAAAUAUUUUGUAAAGAAUUGUGACCCGCCACAUUUCACAUUUAUUAUUUUUGCGUGUAAACAUUAAAAGCCCUGGUUAAUACUAAUAAAUAAGCCUAUUGUCCCUUUAAUGCAAGAGGUUUAGUUUUAAGUGGAAGGGAUUACUUGCUAGACAUUCUUGAUUUUUCUUUUCUUUAAUUUUUUUUUUAUCCCACUAAAGGCUAUCAGUGGGAAAGCGAUAGACAGACACCUGCUGGGACUGAAGCUCCAAGCCAUUGAAGACUUGGUCAGCAUGCCAGAGCUUUUCAUGGACACCUCGUAUGCAGUGGCCAUGCAUUUUAAUCUCUCCACCAGUCAGGUACUAGAUGCUAUAAAUUUAACUCAUUGGCCAAAUUGAAAAUGUGCAAGCCUUUACUUAUGCAUGUUUUUGAUUUAAUUACAGGUUCCAGCUAAAACAGACUGCGUUAUGUGCUUUGGUCCUGUGGUUCCUGAUGGCUACGGCGUUUGUUACAACCCUAUGGAAGAGCAUAUAAACUUCUCAGUAUCUGCAUACAACAGCUGCGCUGAUACCAACGCAGCCCGUCUUGCUCAUUACUUGGAACGUGCAUUGUGCGACAUGCAGCAACUGAUCAUACGUACUCCAAAAUCUAAACUCUAAAUGGAGUAAUUGACUCUUAAAAUCUUCAAGACUGCUAACCUUUUUCAAAUCAUAACAUACUGGUGUUGGCCAUAACAGUGGAAUUUACCGUAGGUAGUCUUUUUGUCCUUGUUUCUUAUUUUGGGUCUAGAACAAGCCACUCAAUAUUCAAAAACAAAUAGCCUGAACAUGGAACAGGCAAGGAAUUCUUCUUAUGAAGAUCAGUGACUUUCGAUUUAGGCGCUUAGCCCAAAUGUUCAUUUUGAUAAAAGUUGCACAUGUACGUUUGCUACGUACAUUUACAUCCAUCUGCAGAAGAAAGGUUAGGUGAACCAGAAACACUGUGUGCUUGAAAGAAAUGUUGAAGCAGAAAAGACCUGUUGAUGUUUUGGUGUAUACGUUUUUGUUUUGUUUUUUACCCAGUUUAGGCUUUGAAACGGGACAGUCAUUGAGAUUCUGGCCUGCUGCGGAUUUGUAAAAGAACAUUUAAGUGCUCAGGAAGGUGCUUUUAGUCUGCCAGACAAAUCUGAAAUAAUCCGUCCACACUUAACGCAAGGUGUCCUGCCCAAUCCAUUUCACAUUUGUGAAUAGCAGAGGAUGCCAAAUGAAAGCAUUGUGUCCAGUGUGAACUUUGGGUUCAUGAACACUCUUAAUUAUUUGUAAAUCCCAGUUUUUUUUUUGUUUUUUUUUUUAACAAGCAGGUUAUGGGUGAAUUGUUUUGCUUUAAAUCGGCUUUGAAUGUAACUUUGAAAACAUUUAAAAUCUUCACUAAAAGUUGUGAUUAUAAGAACGUUUUACAUGUAAGCUGUAAUCAUUUGCACACCCAAUCUUUGACACUUAUUUUUAACACGAUAUAUAAAUGAAAAAAAAAUAAAAAAAAAUUAGUCUCAUCACCUCCAUUAGACAAGAUUUAAAUGUACGUAAAGUGUGCUCCAAAAACAAAUCACUAGGUAGUACUUUUAAAGGAACACUAAGCCUUAUAACCACUAUAGCAUGCUAUUUUGGUUAUCAUGCAGGAGUCCCCUGGUGACCUAUCAAACUAUUUAAUAAUGGUUUUACACUUACCUGCUUCACACCACCUGUGAUCGAUCUGUUAUGAUAAUGUAGAAGCCCACACUAAGUCAUAAUCAUACCAAAGUGUAACGUUCUUUAGUGGGUGAGAACAAUUACCAGUUCUGCUAGCACACUGUAUACAGAUUUAGUUUAUUCCAAGUUUACAUGUAUCAUGUGUACCUUGUUAAGCACACUUACAGUUUGUCUGAAAUUAUAAGCAGGUACUCUGAGUAUCACUUCCUGUCAUAUUGACAGCAGCUGAAAAAGCUGUAACUCAUGCAUCACUUUGAUGUGUGCAAAAAUUCCUUUACACUACCUAAGCACAACCCAUUCUAAAAUAUCAGUUAACAUUAUAAACAGUUAAGAAGAAUGUAUAAUGGUGGGGAAAAUGCCAUCUUGGGAUCCUGGAGACAUUUAUAAUCCACCUGACCUUCGGCCUCAUGGUUAAUGUUUGGAGAGUAUUCGUUUUGCUUUCUUUUUUUUUCCCCUGCAGCUGGAUUUUUCAUCAAACUGCUCAAUCAACUAACACUAAGCAGCACGACUUAGACUGCCAUUUAAGAGGUCUUCCAACCCAGAAAUAUAUAAAACUGUAAAGAACUAAAAUAAAUAAUGCAUUCCUGCAAACAAUAUUGCAAUGAGAUAUGAAUAUAGACAAAUUAAAGUGGUGAGGUUUUGGAUUUUCCCCUCUCUCUCUGCAGGAAAGCAUUAAACAAAUACAUAACAUUCUCCUCUAUGUAGGAAAAACUAAAAAAAAAAAAAAAUUCUGAAAUAAGCUCUUUUGCAAAUGGAUAGCUGCAUUUAUUGCCAGUGGGAUGAGAAACAGAAUAUGCACCACUCUUGACAUCAACAGGUUAAAUUGGAAUGUCACUUUAUUAAAAAAAAAAAAUAAUAAUAAUAAUGCAGGAUACGCGUUAUUUUAAAGUAGGCGAUCAAAUUCUCAUUUAUGCAUACACCCUCUGUGUUAAUAGUAGGAUUUAAAAUUCUUGAAAAGCACAUUAUCUGCAGAGACAGUAAUUUGAGGCAAAAUGUUACUACCACAUUUGCCAAUUAAAACAGAUUGUUCCAGUCACAUUACAGGUUGAAUCUUACAAAGAAACUGGAUAAUUUCUAUGCAUUAAGAUUAUCAAACAAUCUGGCUUUCAUAGUUUUUAUUUACCACCCACUACAGAUAAAAAGUUAGGUAGCAGCAGUUUUAAAACAGACUGAGGAAGGAGGAUACACACGGGUCUGCUUUGUGGCAAGGAAGUCAUGCAAAGUGGGAUUGACUUAACCUAAUGGACAUUACUACAAGGGUCAGCACCAAAUGGGUUUACUGAGACAUCACUGUAAGAUCCAAGGUAAGCCGCAGGGGAGAAUUCAGUUCAUUCACUGCUGCAGAAAACAAAAAAGGGGGGUAAACAAUGUUAAAUGUCAACAAGUAACAAAACCAAAAUCCCACCUUCCACUCGGUUUCACGGUUUCCACAAGAGGAGGAAAAAAAAAAGGAAUAAAUCACUAGUGUUUAAAAGGGUUAGUCCUUUCUCGAAAUCUUGAACAAAGUGCAAAAAGAUUUGCUUUAAGCUUACCAGCCCUCAUUCGGUCAGCAAGAGGCACCUGCGGGAGCAUAGUUGGUGCGCUUAGGCAGCCAUUUGAAAGCACAUUUUCAUAAUACAGGCGCUUUAUUCUAGAUAAUUAAGGGCACGGGAAGAAUAGAUUCAAAACAGCAGGAGACGUUUCCUAAAGGUUAGGCCAAGAAAAAAAAAUUAUAUAUAUAGAGAGCUAGAUAUUCACAGCAUUUUCUAUCCCAACCGAUUAGGCAUCAAUUACUUGGGAAGGCGUUUAAAAAAAGAUUGAAUAAAUAAAAGAGGAGGUGGAUAUCCAUGCUAUAAAAAAGGGGGUGUUAGGGAAUAUACAUUUUGUUUGAUCAUCUCCUGGAAGCAGAAAUUAUAAAUCCCUCAGCUUGCUUUUGCUUUCUUCUGUCUCCUGAGUGGAGUGAUAGGAGAAAGUUCAUUGGAUAGCGUGCAUUUCAGAGCAUGAGCUCUCGGGCCUGACAUGCAGAGGAGAGCUGUGAGCAAGCCAUAGAGACGUUGUGAAUCCAGCAAAGGCCUUGCUCUCUCUCAAUUAUUUUGGUCCGUCAGUUUGUAUGUUCCUCACUACGCCAUGAGUUGUACUGGCUUCAGUUCCUUUCGGAUGCUGUGAUUUUGGUAAAUCCUAAAGGUCAUAUCCCACCCUGUCAGUUUGCUUGUCUGGGACUCACUGAAGCUUCGUACCAUGUUUUCGUUGUCUGUUUCUGUAAUGGAAUACAAAAAAAAAAAA